AUGGCAGAGCGGAUGAGAGGAUUACCCCCUAAAGUAACCGGUAUAUCGCCUAAAGAUGGCAUACCUGGUACGCUAUUAACCAUACGCGGAGAAAAUUUAGGUCUUAAUGCUCAAGACUUAAUUCAUGUCAUGGUAUGUGGAUUUGAUUGUAUUUUAAAUGCUACCUAUAUGUCACAAAGCAAGAUUGUGUGUAAAACUGGCUUUGGCUUGGGAAAUGGCGAGGUUAUUGUCACUACCAAAUCGGGUGGAGAAGGCACAUGCACCGUUACCUUCCUUGCAUAUGCUCCUGACCGUAUAGAUCCUAUGACUCCAUUUCCUAUGUGGAUCCCAGAAGAUACAAGUGACGAUGAAAUUGCUACUACUGGUGUUAAAAGGAAGCCGAUUGCUUUUAAUGAUCCUUUAGGACUGCCUGUUGCAGCUGAAUCGGAUAUUCCUAAAGACGAAUUAGAAGCCUAUUAUUCAAGCUGUGAUUCGGAAAUAUCGAGCGAAAAAUUUCAUCCUAUUCGAUUUUUAUUAGAGAAACAUUGUAAUGCUACAUUUGACGAUCUUAAGAUGGAUGUGUAUCGAGAAGCAGCUAAAAAUGAUACUUGGGAUCAUGGAUUGCCUACUGGUAAAUUAGAAGUAUCAGUUAGAGAAUCUUCGACUUUAGGCAUUAACCUUUUUGAUGAAACGUUACGUAGAAAGGACAAAGCCGACUCGAUUAGAAAUGCUCUUGGAGUACUUCAACGUUUUCGUUUUCUCUUUAACCUUCCUAGCAACAUUGAGCGUAAUGUAAAAAAUGGAGAAUUUGAAUUAAUUAUCAACGAUUAUGAUAGAGUAAGAUCUUUAUUUGCAAAUACUGAAGUUCAGGUUUUUAAAAAAGUAUUAAAUGAAGUCGAGUUACAAAUCGAUAGAGUAAGAUCUAUUUUGAAGCAGCGGCUGAAUAAGCAUAUGGCACCACUAGAGGAGCAAAAACGUAUUAUUAGAUAUUUGGUAGAACUCGAUACUGUUGGUGAUCCUGCUUGGGAAUGCAUUGUGAACAAACAAAAAUGGAUAAUAGAUUUAUUUAUGAGUUGCAAAGAAGACUACCUGCGUAAAGAUGAAGAACUGGUGAAUUCCAAUAUCGAUUUACCAACGCCAAAAAGAAAAAUUUCGAUAUUAAAUGUUGUUCCGCAUGUUGACAUUACGAAGAAACCAGAAUCUAGUAGUUCUACGCAUUCAGAAUGGAAUAGCGGCGAUAAAACUGAUGGUAGCAACAGAUCUUCCAUUGAAAUAGAUGAUGAUGUACCGAGAUUGCAGUUUAUGGAAGAAAUGUGUGAUUUACUGGCGGAGAAUUUACCUUCUCUUUGGAAACUUGGCAAGCUACAUAUGGAUGGUGCUUUUGCCGCUGGGCAGGCACAAGAUCAAAACUAUGUAGAUAAUAAUGCAACACAUCAAGAAAAGCCAUUUUCUGUUGUCGUAGGGGAACUGAUCAGGCUAUUUUCUAAUCUGGUGAAGGCUUGCUUCCUUCCUGCUACGCUAGUAGAUAUGAAUUCAUCACAGAGGUCAUAUCUUGGCAUAUGGGCUUCUUUAAAAAAGCAAAAUGUAGCUAAUGAGGCUAAAAUUCUGCAACGUUGCAUCGCAGCUCUCAGAUCUUGCCUAUUCCGUCUUGCUCCUCUUGAUAUCCCUCUUUCGGUAACUGGAUGCCUCCAAGACUUAUGUAAUGAGAUAAAAUAUCGAUGUGCAAUAACCGCCUGUGAAGCCUCGUUAAUAGAUAUAAGUACUCAUGGAUAUUACGAUUCCUGGAUUUUAAGGAAUGAGGGAGAUAGAUAUUUAACUGAUGCGCCUCAUCGCUUUGAGUCUACGGUUACGAAGGUGCUGCUGAUUCUAAAAGAACAUGUUCUUAACAUAAAAGUGGGAGAAAUAGAGAAUAAGUCUGUCUCUUUAGACAUGCAAAAAGAUUUACUCACACAGAUUUGUAAAAUGUUCCUGGUAUAUAAUGAUCGCUUAAAUAAGAUUGUAAUGGAUUUACAACUCGAUAAGGAAGAUAGUAGCGAGGGCGAUCCUAUUACAAAAAAGACUUCAACGCUCGAACAUGAUUUAGUGGAAGGAGGGCAGUCUUUUAAUCAGUUUCAACGAUUGCUAGUAAUUUCAAGCGAUUGUUGCUAUACAAAGGACCACGUAUUAGCACGGGUUAUCAAGAUAUUACAUUCUCAGAAUUUUAAUACAGCGAAUAUGCAUACUGGCAUACGACAAGAGUUUGAUAGCCUUGAGAAAAGAAUCUUUAAACUGUACAUUAAAUAUAGAGGAAAUCCUGUUGUAGCUGAAAUGCAGGAUAAUAUGUAUGUGGGGAACUUUAGUUGGGAUAUUCCACGACCAGUCCAAGGUAAAAAUCAGAGAUUUACAUCAUUUUCUAUAACUUUAUUUAAUGUCGAUCUCAUGGUAAGUGUAAAAUUUUCAGAUGUCAGCAAUUAUGUUAAAGAAACAUUAUUAAGGUUGGUCGAAGUACAUGCAGAGAUCACAUCUGUAUCUCCACGGUUCGCUGAGAAAAUGAUGACGAAAUUGACCGAACAUAUAUCAAAGCAGAUGUCACGACUCCUUAGAGGUGUAAAUACUUUCAGCGCUGAAGGAAGGUUGCAGGCUCACUGCGAUCUCAGUGCGUUUGCUAAAGUUGCUUAUGGGCAUAUCAAUGAUCGGGCAUUAGCGGAGAUCUCAGCAGCUAUUAAGUACGUUAAUGCUGCUCAAGCCAUUACAAGCGAAUCGGAAGCUAUAGUGGCAAAAUUUCUGAAAUAUUCCGAAUUUCAAUUUUACUGCUUUCAAAUACAGCAGAUUUCUAGUUUAUAA